AUGCUUUUGGCCGGACCGACGUGCGGGAUACAAGGAUGUCAUGAGUCAGUUCUGGCUCAGCAGAAACAGGGAGUGUACGACUGCGAGUAUGAAGUUGAAGCGAUGAUAAUGACACUUAAAAAAAAGAAGCUCCUGGACGGAAAGGGAAUGGUUCAAUUCAACAUAACAAGAACGAGCGGAACCAUCUUGGAAGCAGUACAAGCGGGAUUAGACUCGCAAUUCAAUGAAACGAAAAUAUUAAGUCAACUGAUUUAUCCAAAAGCAACUCGAUUUGGAUGCUAUGCACAAUUCCAUACGCAAAUACAUCUACUUUGCAUCUAUGACCAAAAGGCACAGGAAAUAGAACUAUAUGGGCGUUACUGUGAUAUCGAUGAAAAUUGCACUCUUACGCCGAAAACAAGGUGCAAGUGGGGAUUGUGCUAUGUACAGUUCGGCGUAGAUGAAAUCUAG